AUGUUGUGCUACCGGACUAUCUUUAAAGCUACAUCCUGCGGAGCUUUAAAGCGACUAGCAUCCAACGAUGCAGCAUCACAGAACGUUUGCCUAAACCUUGUCAGAAAUCAUGACAAGGAAAACUUUCUCUGCACACUGCUGCUCAAGAAUCCCGAGCGUCGCAGUGCGUUCGCUGUGCGUGCGUUCAACGUGGAGGUGGCGAAGGUUAGCGAGAAGGUGUCGGCCGGCAAUGUCGGUGUGAUGCCGCUUAAGUUUUGGGAAAAUACGCUCAACACGCUGUACCGGACCGAUGGUACGAAUAUACCGGACCAUCCCGUCAUACACGAGUUGCGGGGAGCCAUUGCUGAACACAAGCUGUCGAAAAUGUACCUGCAACGGUUGGUUAGCGCCCGGGCCAACUCGAAUUUGAACUUUCUCACGGUAAAGCAGCUGGAGGAUUAUGCCGAACAUACGGUAUCGAGCGUGCUGUAUCUACUGCUAGAGGUGCACGGUAAGCGGAACGUGCACUGCGACCAUGCCGCAUCCCACCUGGGCAAGGCGCAAGGUAUCGUGAACUUGCUGCGCUCGAUCCCGUACCAAACGCGCCGCAAUGCGGUCCCAAUCCCGCAGGAACUGCUAAUGGCACAGGGCGUCAAUCAGGAGCGGAUGGUGCGCAACCGGGCGGACGAUAAGGGCGUGGAAGAGGUGACGUUCAGUUUGGCUAGCGUGGCCUUUCGCCAUCUUGAAACGGCCAAGGGCUUGCUGAAGACGGUGCCACGCACGGUUAAACCAAUCUUUCUGCCGGCUGUAACGAUCGAGCGGUACCUGCAGCGGUUGCGGCUAGCCAACUUUCACCUGACGGAUCCGACCGUUAUGCGAACGGAUUCGUUAUUACCGUUGGUGCUGUACUGGCGGAAGUUGCUCGGGAACUACUAG